AUGUUUCAGUUGAAGGUCUUUGUGCUACCAAACUGUAAUCUGAACAAGCGCUCUGGUGAUUUUCCGAAGUUUCUUCUUCACCAGAACACACUAAGUUUUAUUGAUCUCUCCCACAACAACUUGGAAGGUUCAUUCCCAAACUGGCUACUUGUGAACAAUACGAAACUGGAAUAUUUAAGUCUGCGGAAUAACUCUUUUGUUGGUGAAUUUCAUUUGUCGCCAUAUUACAAUUCUUAUACUUGUUGGAUGGAUGUUUCAGACAAUCAAUUAAUUGGGCAUAUUCAACUUAAUAUGGGGGAGAUGGUUCCAUAUCUUAUACACAUAAACCUAUCCAGGAAUGCUUUUGGAGGUAGUAUCCCAUCCUCAAUUGGUAAGAUGAGAAUUUUGGAGGUUCUAGAUUUAUCCAGUAAUAAUCUUUCAGGAGAAGUACCGAAGCAGUUAGUCAGAAAUUGCAGAUCUCUACGUUCUUUAGCGUUAUCAAAUAACAAAUUUCAUGGCCAAAUGUUUUCAGAUGACUUCAAAUUGACUCAGAUAGAGUAUUUACGAUUGAACGAUAAUCAGUUCACAGGGCCUCUGACAAAUGUGGUCUUCAAUUUGUCUAAACUUUCUAUGUUGGAUAUUAGCAACAACAACAUGUCAGGUAAGAUUCUAGAUUCGAUGAAUAACAUGAUACGUUUGAGAACAUUGAUCAUGCGAAAUAAUGCAUUUAAUGGUCAGUUCCCAUGUGCACUGAUUCCAAAUGUGUUUAUGGACAUCUCUCAUAACUCAUUUUCGGGAACACUUACUUCUUGCUCAAACCCAAACUUGGGAGUCCUGGAGCAUGUGCAUUUGCAAGGGAACCAUUUUACGAAAUUCAUUCCAGAAGCUCUUAUUAAUUUAUCAAAACUUGUGACAUUGGAUGUCAGUGACAACAACUUGUCUGGCAGGAUUCCCCUGUCCAUUAGGUUGCUUGCCAACCUUAGCAUUCUUAUAUUGAGAGGAAACCAAUUGGGUGGUUCCAUUCCAACACAACUGUGCCAACUGAAUAAGAUAAGCUUGAUGGAUCUUUCCAAAAACUCUUUUACGGGGUCUAUACCAAGUUGUUUAAGUAAUAUCACAUUUGGGGCAAUAGGGGCUACUGAUCUUGCUUUCGCUCAAACACCUUUAGAAUUUUACAGCACUAGGCAUAUCUUCUAUGUGUAUGAAAAUGUCCUACUUCCACAUCUAGAUAUGGUCUUUGAGAUUGGUGGCCCCGAUGGCACAUAUGAUAAAGUAGAUGAAGUUGAGUUUAUUACUAAGAGUAGGACUAACUCCUACCGGGCUGGCAGCAUCCUUAACUUCAUGUCUGGAUUGGAUUUGUCAUGUAACAAACUAACAGGUGAAAUACCUUUUGAACUAGGGAAGUUAAGUAGUGUUCGUGAACUGAACUUGUCUCACAAUCUCUUGAUUGGACCCAUCCCGAAGACCUUCUCAAACCUUGCCCAAAUAAAGAGUUUGGACCUUUUUUACAACGAUUUGAGUGGAAACAUCCCAAUAGAAUUAAUCAAUCUAAAUUUUUUGGAAGUGUUCACUGUGGCUCACAGCAAUUUAUCAGGUAAAAUGUUAGAUAGGAAAGCACAAUUUGGGACUUUUGAAGCGAGUAGUUAUGAGGGAAAUCCAUUUCUUUGUGGAUCGCCAUUGGAGAAAAAUUGUACAGCCAUUGUUGACUCACCACACUUGCCACAAUAG